AUGACACCUUUUCUCUUUGCAAUUGCAAGCAAGGCCCGUGGCGGCGAACACAGUCACCACAGGGUCACCCGUGGUCCUCAGCAGAAACCGCUCGUCGAGGGAGGUGGCGAGUCUAUUCAGGGACAAGAGCCCGGAUACUCGGGAGCAGAUGCAUGGCCGAGCGUCGAGGGUUCCAUUGAUACUCGGAACGCUGGAAGAGAGAAGCAGCGGGAAUUGGAGGCUGCCAAGUCAGGACCUCCGUCGUACCUUCCUGGUUCCGUUUCGUUUGCUGCGAUGCGCGCACCCCUAAAAGCCGGCCAGAGGAGGCACGACGGUGAGGUGAAUGAGAUUCCGCUGCAGUGGUGUGGGCCUGGCUGUCGCCAAACACCCGUCGACCUCGAGCCGCUGGUGUACCCUUAG